CUCUAUCAGAGGAACUGGGUGACUCUUGUCUGAGUUCUUGUUAAACACAUAACCAGGAAAGAAACGCUAAAACUCUUCUGAACUCAUAUUGUGAGUUUCAGAAGAACUGAAUCUACUACAGAGAGGAUAACUGAAGAAGAGAGAAGAAUGAAGAUCUUCUGGACUUUCACUCUGAUGAUUCCUGGUGUGUUGAGCUCCAUCAGUGUGACAGGAUAUUCGGGAGAAGGAGUCAACAUCACAUGCAGAUAUGAUAGAGGAUAUACAGACAAUAACAAGUAUUUUUGUAAAGGACAGAAUCCAGGAUGCACUGACCUCAUCAAGAUGUAUAAAAAAAAUGGUGAAAAACGGGUUGAUUCUGGAAGAUUCUCUCUGUAUGAUGACCCAAGUGCAGCAUUUUUUACUGUGACCAUCAGAGAUGUGAGUGAACAGGAUUCUGGGACAUACCAGUGUGCAGUUGAUAUCUAUUUGCUUGAAGAUGUCUACAGUGAAGUGAAGCUAAAUAUUGUAACAGGUGAAUUUUUAUUAUUCGCAGCUUAUCCUUCUGUUGACCCCUGCUACAACUACACUGUGCUGGACGAUCCAUGGAGAGCCAACAGCAGUCAGCCAUCAAAUUCUUACAAGUGUGACCAGUCAGUCUCCUGGAGCGGCUGGUAUCGUUUCUUCAUUAACGGUCUGAGUGCUCAGAUCCCAGACACAUGUGUUGAUGAGUACAGCUGUGGCACUGCUGCCCCACUGUGGAUUCGUGAUGGACACCCAACAGUUCAGGAGGGAGUCGUCACUCGAGGUGUCUGUGGUCACUGGAUCAGUUACUGCUGCUAUUACGGGGCUUACCCCAUUAAAGUCAAAGCCUGUCCAGGCAACUAUUAUGUCUAUGAGCUGGUUCGUCCCAAAGAUCGCAAUUUAGCAUACUGUGCAGUUGUUACUAACAUCAGCAGCACUCAUACAACAGUCGCACCAGAGACAAGCUCAGCUGGUGAAUUUUUAUUAGUCACAGCUUAUCCUUCUGUUGACCCCUGCUACAACUACACUGUGCUGGACGAUCCAUGGAGAACCAACAGCAGUCAGCUAUCAAACUCCUACAAGUGUGACCAGUCAGUCUCCUGGAGAGGCUGGUAUCGUCUCUUUAUUAACGGUCUGAGCGCUCAGAUCCCAGACACAUGUGUUGAUGAGUACAGCUGUGGCACUCAUAUCCCACUGUGGAUUCAUGAUGGACACCCAACAGUUCAAGAUGGAGUCAUCACUCGAGGUGUCUGUGGUCACUAUAACAAUACCUGCUGCCAUUUCAGCUCUAACCCCAUUAAAGUCAAAGCCUGUCCAGGCAACUAUUAUGUCUACGAGUUGCUUAGUCCAACUAUCUGCAAUUCAGCCUACUGUGCAGUUGUUACUAACAUCAGCAGCACUCAUACAACAGUCGCACCAGAGACAAGCUCAGCUGUUAGAGAUAUAAAGGUGCCAGAAGACUGCAACAGUCAAACCCCUGGAGGAUGUUUUCAAAAUAUUUUUGAGCAGAUCGAGAACAUCAGAGCUCAAGUGCUUCCUUUAAAUACUGUGACAAAAAUUUUCACUGUGGCCUUCAACGCUUCAGAGAAGAUUGUAGAGUCAUCAUCAUCAGCAAGCCCAACUGAACUAGCCUCUUAUGGAAACCGUGUUUUAAAAUCUAGUGAGAAGCUCAUUUCUACAUUAGUGAAGCCGACAGUCACAAGUGCCAGUGUCAGUUUUACUCUUCCUGCUGUAGAGGGUCAAGUCUUCAUGGUUGGACCACAGGUCACCUUAAAUAAAAUCCCUCGACUUGCAAUGACAAAUUCUUCUGUGGACAUCGAUCUCAUUGGGAUAUCCAAGAACAACAUUGAAAGAUCAGCUGCUGUGGCUUUCAUGAGCUAUGUCACGAUGGAGAAUCUACUGAAGCCAGACUUCUUCAAUACUUCAAAUGACACAGUUAAAACCAUGAUGUCCACUGUGAUCUCAGUUACUCUUCCCAAAACCACCAACACUAAACUCACCAAACCAGUCAACUUCACCUUCAGACACAUCAGAGAGUUUGAUCCCAGUGGUUCUCUGUCCUGUGUGUACUGGAAUAUCAAUGAGUGGAUUGUAGAUGGAUGUUCUGUUUUAAAGACCAACAGCAACUACACUGUGUGUUCCUGUGUUCAUCUGUCCACAUUCGCUCUCAUCAUGCAAACCAGCCGCCAACCAGAGAGUCAAAACCCUGGAGGAUGUUUUCUAAAUAUUUUUGAGCAGAUUGAGACGAUCAAAGAUCAAGUGCUUCCUUUAAAUACUGUGACAAACCUUUUGACUGAGGCCUUCAACGCUUCAGAGAAGAUUGUAGAGUCAUCAUCAUCAGCAAGCCCAACUGAACUAGCCUCUUAUGGAAACCGUGUGUUAAAAACUAGUGAGAAGCUCAUUUCUACAUUAGUGAAGCCGACAGUCACAAGUGCCAGUGUCAAUUUUACUCUUCCUGCUGUAGAGGGUCAAGUCUUCAUGGUUGGACCACAGGUCAACUUAAAAAAAAUCCCUCGCCUUGCAAUGACAAAUUCUUCUGUGGACAUCGAUCUCAUUGGGAUAUCCAAGAACAACAUUGAAAGAUCAGCUGCUGUGGCUUUCAUGAGCUAUGUCACGAUGGAGAAUCUACUGAAGCCAGACUUCUUCAAUACUUCAAAUGACACAGUUAAAACCAUGAUGUCCACUGUGAUCUCAGUUACUCUUCCCAAAACCACCAACACUAAACUCACCAAACCAGUCAACUUCACCUUCAGACACAUCAGAGAGUUUGAUCCCAGUGGUUCUCUGUCCUGUGUGUACUGGAAUAUCAAUGAGUGGAUUGUAGAUGGAUGUUCUGUUUUAGAGACCAACAGCAGCUACACUGUGUGUUCCUGUGUUCAUCUGUCCACAUUCGCUCUCAUCAUGCAAACCAGCCGCCAACCAGAGAGUCAAACCCCUGGAGGAUGUUUUCAAAAUAUUUUUGAGCAGAUCGAGAACAUCAGUGCUCAAGAGUUUCCUUUAAAUACUGUGACAGACAUUUUGACUGAGGCCUUCAACGCUUCAGAGAAGAUUGUACAGUCAUCAUCAUCAGCAAGCCCAACUGAACUAGCCUCUUAUGGAAACCGUGUGUUAAAAACUAGUGAGAAGCUCAUUUCUACAUUAGUGAAGCCGACAGUCACAAGUGCCAGUGUCAAUUUUACUCUUCCUGCUGUAGAGGGUCAAGUCUUCAUGGUUGGACCACAGGUCACCUUAAAUAAAAUCCCUCGACUUGCAAUGACAAAUUCUUCUGUGGACAUCGAUCUCAUUGGGAUAUCCAAGAACAACAAUGGAUCAGCUGCUGUGGCUUUCAUGAGCUAUGUCAUGAUGGAGAAUCUACUGAAGCCAGACUUCUUCAACACAUCAAAUGACACAGUUAAAACCAUGAUGUCCACUGUGAUCUCAGUUACUCUUCCCAAAACCACCAACACUAGACUCACCAAACCAGUCAACUUCACCUUCAGACACAUCAGAGAGUUUCGUUCCAGUGGUUUUCUGUCUUGUGUGUACUGGAAUAUCAGCGAGUGGAUUGUAGAUGGAUGUUCUGUUUUAAAGACCAACAGCAGCUACACUGUGUGUUCCUGUGAUCAUCUGUCCACAUUUGCUCUCAUCAUGCAAACCAGCUGCACACCAGAGAGUGACUCAUUGGUGGAGCUGUUGAAUUUGGUGUGUGUGAUAGUGGGGCUGGUGUUCUUCAGUUUGGCCCUGUUGACCUUUGCCCUUUGUCAGUGGAGUCCUUUAGUGAAUAAUGUGGCUCGAAUCAACAUCUGCAUCAGUCUUCUGCUGGCUCACCUUCUGUUCCUGCUCACACAGCCGUUCCUGAGCCUCUUACGGCAUCAGCAGGUGUUGUGUGCAGUGAUCUCAGGCCUUCUGCACUUCCUUUUUCUCUCCGGCUUUGUGUGGAUGUUCAUUGAAGCUGUGCUGCUCUUCAUCUGUGUGAAGAACCUAUCAAAGAUCAGCUCUAAAAAGAGGAUGGUGCUUAGCACUGGAUUCCUGUGUGUGAUUGGAUAUGUGGUUGCUCUGGUUGUGGUGUGUGUGUCUGUCGGUCUGGUUCCUGAAGGCUACGGCAGCAAAGACUGCUGGAUUAAAAUCGAUAAAGGCUUCAUCUGGAGUUUUCUUGGUCCUGUUUGUGUCAUACUAGCAUCAAACACGAUUCUCUUCAUCAACAUUGUCAUCAGUCUGAACUCAGCUCUCAGAUGUCUAAAUGCUGAAGUUUCACAGAUUAAGCAAACCAAGAUUAUGGUGUUUAAAACAAUGGCUCAGUUUGUGGUUCUUGGUUGCCCCUGGAUUCUGGGUUUCUUCUCUAAUAACAGUAAAGUGCUGGAGAUCCUCUUUCUGAUUUUGAACUCCCAGCAGGGAACCUUCAUCUUCCUGAUCUACUGUGUCCUCAAUAAUAAGGUCAGGGAGCAGUACAGAAAGUUCUUCAGAUGUCUUUGCUCAAAAAACACAGAGGACCACAGCAUCACGUUCAGAAUAAUAACCACUGAAUAAGUAAUAAGUAAUAAAUUCUGCUCAAGUGCCAUUAAUAUACAGCUGAUUUUAUGUAGCAAAUGUUUUUGUAUGCUAAAUGUUAUAGUCUCAGAUUAUUUCUGCAAAUGAAAGAAAAACAUGUUAUUCUACAUUGUCUUAUUUUAUAGCUUCUUUAUUUAUUUAUUUUAAUUUUUAAAAUUAUUAUUAGGCUAUCAUUAUUAUUAUUAUUGGUGGAGGGUAAAAAGCACAUUUGUUCAGUCCUCAAAACAAUCACAUUUGAAAACUCCAGAAAACUAUUUCAUGUGCGCAUGAUAAAGGGAAAUAAAUUACAUGUAUGGAAACAUUGUUGUGUGGGAGUAACAAUUUAUAACUUUAAUUAAACAUAAUUACAUCUUUGUUUUUUGAGCUUAAAAAGCUCCAAACUAAUGAAUGUUUCUUCUAUAAAGGCCCAUUUUACAGUACAUUAAAAUUGUGCUGUAAUAUAUACAGUAUAAAUAGCUAAAUGUAUUUUCAGGAAUGAGGGACACAUGUUGCAUUAAUAUUGUGAAUUUACACAAUUUAAAACUAUAAACUAUAAAAAUAAGAAAAUGAACAGCUAAUGGUGUCACAGUGUCUGGGUUGUGUUCCCUGGGUGUCCACUAGGUGUCCUCCGUUCCCACGGUGUCUGUCAUCUUAUCACUUCCUGUUCCCUUAUUUGGUCACCUUCCUCCUUGUUUUAGUUAAUUGAUUGUUUACCCACCUGUCUCCUGUUUCCCCAUUAUCCUUCUGUGUAUAAAUACCUGGUCUGUCUGAGUCU